CUGCUGUUGUCUCGACGCGGGCAAGGUGUUUGCAAUUUCGAGGAGCGCCGAGAAGGAGGAGGUGUGGCGUUCAGGGGAUCCGUCGUCGUGGCUCCAGACGGCGCUGGCAGCGUGUGUGUGGCCGAAUUGGUCGACAAAGGAGGAAGACUUGUUUUGCUGCGUUGAGAUUCGUUUCCGUGGAAGAGGCGAAAAGGGAUUUUGCGCGAGGGACGUGCUUAUUGUGGCGAUGGAGAAGGUGCUUAGGGUUUGGAGCUCUUGAGGUAUGGGGAGAGAGGAGUUGUCGGAGGUUGUGGAGAUGGUGUGAUUAUUGUAGGCAAGUUAUUUGUAGAGAAUCGGCGAGGUGGUGAAGGUUUUAGGAAGAGGAGGAGCGGGAGAGAUGGACCGGGACAGGAGUAGGGUUUCAUUUUCGUCGUCAACGACGGAGUCGGAUUCUAUUGCGGCACCGUUGAUUCCGAAUAGGAAUGGUAGUUCGAGCAGCGGUAGCGGGAGCGAGGGCGGGUCACAGCGGGGCAGCCGGAGCAGGGUGCAGGGAGCAGCGCGGUUCUUACGACGAGCGGGUAGUCGACGGUUGAUGAGAGAGCCGUCAAUGCUGGUGCGCGAGUCAGCUGCGGAGCAGCUGGAGGUGCGGCAGAGUGACUGGGCUUAUUCGAAGCCUGUGGUGGUGCUGGACUUAAUUUGGAACUUGGCAUUUGUUCUGUUGUCACUGGCAGUAUUGGUGUUGAGCAGGAAGGAGAAGAAUUGUACAGAGUUGCGGAUUUGGAUUGUAGGAUACGCGUUGCAAUGCGUGGUGCACAUGCUUUGUGUUUGUUGUGAGUAUCUUCGUCGGCAGCAGCAGCAGCAGCAGGCUAAUGCGAAUUCUUCGUUGAGGUCUACACCGAAUACGUCUGCUUCUAUCAACAAUGGGGAAACCGAUGUGAAUUCAGGAUUUGACGACGAUGGAAUUUACAAUGAUGCAAGUUGGGCCAAGCGCCUGGAGUCUGCGAACACGAUGUUUUCAUUUGUGUGGUGGAUUGUUGGAUUCUAUUGGAUCACCGCGGGAGGGCAAUCGCUUGCAGUUGAUGCUCCUCAUGUCUACUGGUUGUGUGUAGUAUUUCUCGCAUUUGACGUGUUCUUCGUUGUGUUUUGCGUGGCACUAGCUUGUGUCAUUGGGAUAGCAGUUUGCUGCUGUCUUCCCUGCAUCAUUGCCAUACUCUAUGCGGUAGCAGACCAAGAAGGUGCAUCCGAAGAAGACAUCAACAAUUUACCAUCUGCCAAGUUUCGAAAAAUCUACAGCGACGGAAAAGGAAAAGGUGAUACUGAAAGGCCACUCGCGGGAGUGAUGACAUUUGUCGGCGCUUCCGCGAACCUUACGGAGCGCUCCUUGUUCGAGGACGAUGCAGAAUGUUGUAUAUGCCUUUCAUCAUACGAGGAUGGCGUGGAGUUACGCCAUUUACCAUGCUCUCAUCACUUCCACAGCACUUGUAUCAGCAAGUGGCUCCGCAUCAAUGCCACUUGCCCUUUAUGCAAAUACAACAUCGUACAUGGCAACAGGAAUCGGACUGAGUCAGUGUAGCGACAAUGGACUCUAUUUGCUGCAUUGUGGUGGUCGUUGGAACGACGUUACAGAUCCUCGUCCUCCAUUGCAACAAAACUGUAUGUGAUCAUGUGUAAAUAGUAGAUGCUAUAGGAAAUUAUUACGCAGCACCUCACUGAUGCUCUUCAAUGGCACCGCUACAGGAAGAGUACUUUGGAUGCGUGGGAAACUCAUGCUUGGCUCCUGAAUUGGGUCCUCAUUUAGUUGCGUUUCGAACUAGAGAGAUAGAUUUUCCUUCAAGUGCAACCAGUGUCUGUGAUCAUAGUCAUUGUGCUCCCAAUUCAGUAAGACUCAUACGACAAAAUCACUCGACUCCUGUGGGUUUUAUUUUUUGAAAGCCUUGGCUGAGGUUAGCUCAAGGAAUAAUCUGGACAGCAAUGGCAGAUUGUAGUGACUUCCUUUACUUCAAGUUGACAUGGCUUAGUGUAAGCUGAUAUCGCUAGAGGUGUUGAGAAAAUGCAUGGUUUUCUUCCCAAUCUAAUCGUGGGGCGUCGAUGAGUUUACACAGGUAUGAAUCAUUUGCCAAAAUGAUAAAUCAAUCAAUCAAUAAUUGGUUGUUAUUUGUUGA